AUGUCCUCGACCAGCGAGGCUAGUCCCGGUAACUGGAUCACCGGUAGUUAUACUGGGGGCAGCAUUGGAGUGCGCAUCACGAUCGCCACCUUUGUUUGCGUCGCGUGGUACAAUGUUAUCGAGCUGGUCGUGCUCAUUUUCUUGACCUUCAAGCGAUACCAGGGUCCCUAUUUUUGGAGCAUGUUGAUAUCAGCGGUCGGCAUUCUUCCUUACUCGGUCGGCUAUUUGAUGAAGUUUUUCGAUCUCACUUCCGCUAUUUGGCUCCCUAUCACGCUGCUUACCGUCGGCUGGUGGACUAUGGUUACGGGCCAGUCAUUUGUGCUGUACUCGCGGUUGCAUUUGGUAAUUGACAACCUGCGCAUUCUACGCAUGGUCAAGGGAAUGAUUAUCACAAACAUCUUCCUCUUGCAUAUUCCCACAACCGUUCUUACCUAUGCUGCGAAUUUCUCGGGCUCCUCCGCAUCCGUUGCGGGGUAUGAUGUUAUGGAGAAGAUCCAACUUACUGGAUUCUGUGUCCAAGAAGUCAUUAUUUCUGGUCUAUACAUGUGGGAGACACAUCGCAUGCUACAGUUCAAUCCCGAUCACGGUAGUCGCAAGACUAUUAUGCAGCUGCUCGCCGUCAACGUCUCUUGUAUCUUGAUGGAUAUCGCCCUCAUGGUCAUCGAGUUUAUGGAUUUCUACAUCUACCAAACGACACUCAAGGCGAUGCUCUAUAGUGUCAAACUCAAGCUGGAAAUUGCCGUUCUGGGUAAACUGGUCAAGGUCGCUCAUCAACAUCUUUGGCGAUCUAAUACCGAGCGUGGCCAAUACCCCUCAUUUGUUGACCCCACCCGCAUCCAAUCCAACUUCAACCACCCUGAAUCUUCGCUUGGCACAAGUCAGGGAUCUAAGGGUCGUGCAACUCCAUUUGAGGCCAUCGAAUGUGAUGAUAUGACAUGA